AUGACGUCGCCUGCCAACCAGCAGAAUCCCACCCAGGCGAACAACACCCCCGCGACUACGGCUUCUUCGUAUGCCUCUGCUGCAGGUGCGCCUAAGAAGUCAGCCCAGGCCCCUAUAGUCGCAACUGGAUCCCACCCUCCCGCGGUGGUUGGAGUUUCGUCUUCUUCGCAGAAUGCGAAAGACGCCUCAUCGUCUCCUGUGAACGGCAAACCCGCCGUCACCCCCGCUGUCCCUGCUGUCACUCGCAGCAGCGCUAACCUCAACGGUCCCGAUCAUUCUCGCAAGAGUUCCGUCACCAUGGCUGCCAACGGUCCGAACAGUUUUGUCGCCAACGGUGGUCCCGUCACUGCUGGCAAGCCUGGCAUCCAGUUCGGUUACGACUCUCCCGCAAUGACCAACAGCACACCUCAGACCUCCAGUGCUGCGCCCAUUCCUAUUCCUGGUGGUGGAAAUGCCCGAGCUCCCUCUCCUAUUCCCUCACCUUCACCUAUUCCUCAGCCUUCAGCCAGUGGCGGUCGACCUCCUUCUGGUCUCCAACAGGCAGGAGGCAAUACAAUGACAUUUGGCAGUCUCGGCAGCGAUGGCGAACGCCACAUGAGGCAGGGCUCUACUCCAACGAACCCCAAUGCACAGCCUGGAGCUCACUUCCGACGUGAAUCUGGCCACUCGGCUCAAGGUGACGGCGCUGGUCGAGGUAAUUUCCAGCCACAGGCCGGUCGUGGCCGCGGAUUCAAUCACCAUGGCGGCAACUACAGCUCGCAAAUGGGAUUCCCUCCCACCAACCAGUUCCGUAACGGUCCUGGUCAGGGUCGUGGCAUGCCCCCAGCUUUCCAGCCUCAGGGUCGUAACCUUCAGUACCCGAACUCUCCUCAGCCUGCCCGAAGCCCGGCUCUCGUCCCCUCGCUUCCGGGUACACCUAACAUGCAGCCUGCCACCAUGCAGCCUGGCAUGACGCCUCAAUACCAUUACCAACCUCCCAUGCCUCAACAGCAUCAACAAGUACAGUACCCCCUUUCCCAAGUUGAUAAGCCUUUGUCGAAAAGCAGCAAAAAGAAUAAGGGGAAGCGUGGCGACCUGGAAAAGUCGGUCCAGGUCAACCACCCACAAGAGUCGUCACGAGAUCUGCAUGGGAACGAGUUCAACCAACGUCGGCGUUUCAGUAAACGUUUGGAUCAACCAUGGCGAGAACCAGAUACCAGCAGCUCGCGUGUAACGUCAUUCAGCUAUCCCAAAAAAACUUUCCAACCCCUGUCCUUGAAUGAAUCAACUCCGUCCCUCGACUUGUCACCAGGAAGUGGCUUCUUUGAAUACAUGCUAACUUUAAAAAACAAACAGAACUACGGUUAUCCUCCCCCGCAGGUGGAUGGUUUCGGACGCCCACUGUCGAUGCAAUACAAUUAUGCCAAUAUGCCGUAUAUUGUUCCUCCACAGGCUAACUCCCCUAGUUACGGACAGAACUACGUCACUCCCUACACACAGCAUGGCCACAACAUGUCACGAACACCCUCUCAGCCUGAGAGGCCACCGAGCGCCAGCCAGCCAAAUGCUCCGGUCGUGGUAUCAUCUACUCCCCAGCCCCAGAACUCGUCAUUGAAGCCCACCGCAAACAGCUUCGUCAAGGUGCCUAAGAAGAGCGCCGCUAUCCAAAUCAAGAACGCUGCCGGUGAAGUCAUUGACACCUCGUCCUUCAAAACUCCAUCAUCUCCCGCUCCCAGCAUCCAGCAAUCCAAGACUCCUCCCGUGAUUGCCUCGUCUACUCCCCCUCCAAAGCCAUCAACCCCAUCUCAUGGCCGCACUGAUAGUCAUGCUGCCACCAAGACUGCUAAGCAGAUUCAGGAUGAGCUUAAGGAGAAAAUCAAGCAAGCCACGCAGGCGCCGCCCAAGGAAGAUAAGCCAAAGCCCGUUGAGCCUGCAGCCAAAACCGAAGACAAGCCUGCUGAGCAAUCUGAGGCCAAGCUCACCGAGACCAAGGCCGAGCCUGCACCCUCUAAUAAGGCUGAGCCUGAAAGCAAGCCCGAACCUGAGGCCAAGGCCCCUGAAGCCACUCCCAAGAUUGAGGAGCCCAAGAAGGAGGCCGAGAAGCCUGCCGAGCCUGCCAAGAAGGAGGAAACUGAGGACGAAGAGAUAGAGCGUAUGAUCCGCGAAAUGGAGGAGGAGGAUGCUCGCCGUGAGAAGGCGGAGGAAGAGCAUCGUAAGAAGGUCGAGGCCCAGAAGGCCAUUGCCAAGGAACAAGCCGAAAAGGACCGUGUCAAGAACGCUGCAGAGGAGGACCGCAAACUCCGAGAACAAGAGCGCGAGAUGGAGCGUCUUGAGGAGGAGAAGGAGAAGCGACGCCAGCAGGACGGCUCAUCUGCUCCUUCAGUCGCCGAACUUCUCUCCCAGGCUCGAAGCGGCAAGGACACUGAGCCUGCUAAGGUCGAGUCUGUUACCGACAAGCUUGCUAGCAUGAAGAUUGGAGGCGACAAGCCUGCCGACUCUGCUGCGCCCAAGCACGAGAAGCGAGGUGCGAAGCCUGCUGCUCUCAACCUGGCUCCUCUUAACACCAAGCCCGUUGAGCCCGCCCAACCUAGCGCCGCCCUGCAAUCGCUCAAGUCUGCUCGUUUCCUGAAGGUCAUCGAGCAAGAUAUUUACCCUGCUGGCAUCAAGUCGCCCAAUCCUGCUCUUAAUGCAGCGGUCCAGAAGAAGGGCAAGACAUUCAAGUAUGAUGCCAACUUCUUGUUGCAGUUCCAAAAGGUCUUUACUGAGCAGCCUUCUCUCGAAUUCGGCCAGCAAGUCAAGUCUCUUAUCGGGGAUGACCGUUCCAGAACCAAUACUCCUGGCGGCUCUGGCCGAGGCUCUCGUGGCCCCAGCUCAGGUAUCGGCAGUGGAUUUCCCAUGGGUAGCUUUAACGCCCCUACCGCUUCCCGGCCUCUUCCCAGUAACAGUACCUCUGAACUCCGUUUCGCCCUUUCCAACCAGCAGCGACCUGGUAUUGGUUCCAUGGGCCGUGGUCCCAGCAAUUUCCCUACAGGCGGCUCCUCCCGUGGCCCCUCUCAACUUCCCAACUCUCCCCGUGGGUCUCGUCGUCGUGGCGGCGGCAGCCAGCGUGGCGAAGGCGUCAGGGAAGCUCAGGCUGCUAAGACCAUGCCUUUGACUGCUGGCCAGGAGCUUAAGCCCAUUGCCCAGACCGCCAAUGGUUGGAAGCCUACAAGUAUUGGCAAGAAUGCCAAUCCAGCCGCCGCUACUCCCUCUGGCCAUCUUGAGCCUGAUAUGGUUCAAAGAAAGGUCAAGGCGGCACUCAACAAGAUGACACCCGAGAAGUUCGACAGAAUUGCAGACCAGAUCCUGCUCAUUGCAUCUCAGUCCAAGGAUGAGUCCGACGGACGUACACUUCGACAAGUCAUCCAGCUCACCUUUGAGAAGGCCACUGAUGAGGCCCAUUGGGCUUCUAUGUAUGCCAAGUUCUGCAAACGUAUGCUCGAGACUAUGAGCCCCGACGUCCGUGAUGAGCGUAUCAAAGACAAGAAUGGCAACGUCGUCAGCGGUGGUAACUUGUUCCGCAAGUACCUUCUCAACAGAUGUCAGGAGGAGUUUGAGCGCGGUUGGACCGUUAAUUUGCCUGACAAGCCUGAUGAAGAAGACGCUGCGGGCAAGAAGACUGCUGAGGCUGCUCUCCUGUCCGAUGAGUACUAUGCUGCUGCUGCUGCCAAGCGACGUGGUCUUGGUCUAGUCCAGUUCAUUGGUGAACUCUACAAGCUCGGCAUGCUUACAGAACGUAUCAUGCACGAGUGUGUGCACAAACUCGUCGACUAUAAGGGAGUACCUGACGAGGCUGAAGUUGAGUCGCUUAGCAAGCUGCUCAGGACUAUUGGUGGCAACCUCGACAGCACUGAGAAGGGUCGACCCAUGAUGGACGCUUACUUCCAGCGCAUCCAGACCAUGAUGGAUCUUCCCGAGCUUCCCAGCCGACUUAAGUUCAUGCUCAUGGACGUUAUUGACCUGCGCAAGGCCGGAUGGCACUCCAAGGAGACCAACAAGGGACCCAAGACCCUCGAUGAAGUCCGAGCUGAGGCUGAGGCUGCCCAGGCUGCCAAAGCUCAGGAGGCUGCUCGCACUAACCAGCGAGGUGGUGGUCGCCCUCCUGUCGGACGAGGCGACGCUCGCAACUUCUCGGCUGGUUACGCACAACAAACCAGCAAUCAGGUCGGAAUGGACGACCUGCGUCGCCUGAAGGGCUCUGCCAACCGAACCUCAAGCGGCAACAUCUCUCUUGGCCCUGCUUCCAUGCUCUCUUCUCGUAGUAACAGCGGAAGACGCAUGGGUCCCGGCGGCUACCUUGGUCCUCGCGGUGAGGAUUCUGCUACUUCUUCACGAACUGGCACUCCUCCUACCCGCGAGAACACCUCUCACUCUAAUGCAUUCAGCCUCCUUGCCAACAUGGAGAAUGACCACCCGGCUUCGCCCCCGUCUACUUCUGCCUCCCCCGCGAUGUCUAAGGCUGUCCCUGACAGUGAUAAGAAAGAGAGCGAGUAA